GAAGCACACAGAGAGAUAGAAACAGAGGAGAAAAACAGAGAGAGAGAGAGAGAGAGAGAGAGAGAGAGAGAGAGAGAGAGAGAGAGUGAGGCAUGGAGGGAUCAGGGGUUUUCGGAUCACGCAGCCAUGAAGAUCUAUUCUCGUCGGCUUUCGAAUGGAAUUGCAACGCAGGGGCGUCACGGGCUGGCGGGUCUCGGAGACCGGACAAUGACAGCGUGUUCAGCUUCGGCGACAAGACUUUUGUGCAGAGGGGAGGAGAUAGGCCUAGGAAAGCUGUGGCCAUAGAGAAGACAUUGCCCUGCACUCUGGAGGACUUGUACAAUGGCACCACCAAAAAGAUGAAGAUUUCUAGGGAUGUUGUUGGUGCUAGUGGAAGAAAAAGCACAGUGGAGGAAGUUCUAACAAUUGUGAUCAAGCCCGGUUGGAAACAGGGCACCAAAAUCACUUACCCAGAGAAAGGUCAUGAUGUGGAGCAAGGUGUUAUACCAGCCGACAUCAUAUUUACCAUUGAAGAGAAGCCUCAUGAUUUUUUCAAGAGGCGUGGGGACGAUCUCACCGUCACUCUGAACAUAUCCCUUGCGGAAGCUCUGACGGGUCACACGGCGCAGCUGGCAACCCUUGAUGGGAGAAAUCUGAGGGUCUCUAUCGAUUCAGUUAUCAGUAUCACCCAUGAAGAAGUGGUUAAAGGGGAAGGGAUGCCUAUCCAGAAGGGACGAGGCAGAAAGGGUAACUUGAUUCUCAAGUUUAACAUCAAGAUCCCCAAGCUUACCUCAGAGCAGAAAGCUGGCAUCAGACAGCUAUUAACAUCUUCAUAAACGCUUGGUGGUAGUUCUCCCUUUUCUGUCUGCUUUUCUUUUUCUCAGUCAUUUUCUCUGCAGCCAAACACUAGCUUUCUAGGAUUCCCUUCAUCAUGCACCAAGCUAGUGUUUGGCUGUAUUGUGUUGUGUUGUUGUGUUAUUUAUGUACUAGUAGAUUGCUCUCCACCAAUUAAAUUGUGAUGAAUGGGAGCAAUUAUUAUUGUAAAAUAUCCUAUUUAUGUAUGCUUUGUUGUGAUUAAUCUAUUUAGAAGUAGUCACUGUUACAGUGGCCUUGUUGAUUGUGAUU